AUGGGACGUACCAUGCCAGAGCACGGCAAGUUCCAUGGUUUCCUGUCCCCGUCCAAGAACCUGAAGUCCUCCUACGUGCCCAACGGCCGCAAGGCGCUCUCCGUGGUGCCCCGGGAGGGCUGGGCGCAGAUCUACGCCCCCGCCGGCUUCCUGGAGCUCGUGGUGAACAAGAAGACCUCCGAGCCGGGCAACUACGGCAAAGGCAACCUCGGCCUGGGAUACCUGGGCUUCGGUGCCUCCAUCCAGGACCCCGCCUUGCGAACUAAAACAGUCAACGCAGAGCUUGCCAACGACCGCCUGGCCAUGAUGGCCAUCAUUGGCAUGUUGUUCCAAGAUGGACUCACAGGCUCGGCGUGGAGUGAGCGGGCAAACUACAGCGACUCGCCUCUCCGUGUCAUUGAAGGAGAGCUUGGCGUUCAGGCACCUGUGGGCUUUUGGGAUCCCCUUGGCCUCUCUGCCGAUGGCGAUAUGGACACCUUCAAGCGACGAAGAGCUGUCGAGCUGAAGCACGGGUCCCCGGAGAAGGGCAUCAAGUUCGCUGAGGUCCCUCUUGAGGGCUGGCUGCAGAUCGUGCUCUUCAUCGGCCACUACGAGGGAUACUUCUGGCGCCAG